AUGCUGCUGUUUUGUUUAUACCAUAGCGUGACAGCUUAAACCCUCCCUUCUGUAUUUUCUGCACCGCCUCAGCCCUAGUACCGGAAGGGUCUCCAGCUUGUCAGGAGAAGGUCACAGUGAGAUCUUAAUCCCUAAGUGACUAUGGGGCUGUGGGCUGCGCUUUCAUGGGGGUCUGCGCUGCUCCUGGCCCUGGCUGUGAUCUGCUUCCUCCUCUACUGCUCAUACGUGUACUAUAUACACAUGAGAUAUGACCACAUCCCGGGGCCCCCCAGAGACAGUUUUCUCUUUGGACAUCUGCCCUCCAUAUUGAAGAAUAAAGGACUAAUACAUGAUUUGUUUCUGGGUUGGGUACAGAAGUAUGGUCCAGUAGUGCGCGUUAAUGGAUUAAAAACUACAUAUGUAAUAGUCACCAGUCCUGAAGGAGUAAAGGAGAUUCUUAUGUCACCAAACUACACAAAAGAUGUCACCUAUAAACGUGCCUUUAAUUUGUUUGGUGUAAGGUUCUUUGGAAAUGGUUUAUUGACUGAUUGGGACUACGACCAUUGGCAUAAGCAGAGGAGAAUUAUGGAUCCCGCUUUCAGCAGAACGUAUUUGAUAGGAUUGAUGGGAACAUUCAACGAAAAAGCUGAGGAACUGAUGGAAAAACUUGCAGAAAAAGCAGACGGGAAAAGUGAGUUUAGUAUGCAUGAUAUGAUGGCCAAAGUGACUCUGGAUGUAAUCGCCAAGGUUGCUUUCGGGAUGGAACUGAACUCACUGCAUGAUGACCAGACGCCCUUCCCACGAGCCAUCUCCAUGGUUAUGAAAGGCUUAUCUGAAGCACGAAACCCUUUAGCUCGGUUUAUUCCAGGGAAGCGAGCUCUGAUCAGAGAGAUUCAGGAAAGUGCAAGGCUUCUCCGGCAGACAGGCCGACAAUGUAUUGAGAAAAGGCAAAGAGCAAUGAAAGAGGGAGAAGAAAUUCCAGUGGAUAUCCUGACACAGAUCCUCAAGGGAGCAGCUUCGGAAGAUAAUUGUGACUUUGAGAGUUUAUUAGAUAACUUUGUCACGUUCUUCAUUGCUGGCCAAGAAACCACAGCCAACCAGUUAUCAUUUGCAGUGAUGGAACUCUCACGGCAUCCAGAGAUACUAGAAAAGGUCCAGGCUGAAGUGGAUGAAGUUAUUGGUUCUAAGAGAGACAUUGAGUAUGAGGAUCUUGGGAAGCUGCAGUAUUUGUCUCAGGUCCUGAAAGAAACCUUACGGUUAUACCCCACAGCACCUGGCACAUCUCGAGCACUGAAAAAGGAAAUUGUCGUUGAAGGUGUAAGGAUUCCACCUGAUGUUACCUUAGUGUUUAACUCAUACACAAUGGGAAGAAUGGAGAAGUUUUACAAGGACCCAUUCACCUUUGACCCAGAAAGAUUCAGUCCAGAUGCCCCCAAACCUUUUUACACCUAUUUCCCAUUUUCUCUGGGUCCCCGCUCCUGCAUUGGACAAGUGUUUGCACAGAUGGAAGCCAAAGUUGUUAUGGCAAAACUUCUUCAGAGGUAUGACUUCCAGCUGGCCGAAGGACAGAGCUUUAAUCUUUUGGAUACAGGAACAAUUAGACCCAUGGAUGGUGUGAUCUGCAGACUGAGGCCUCGUACAAGCAAUAAAGGAACUAUAUAGAAAUAUACAAACAUUCAUUUGUCUCAGUUUCAUGUAUAUCAGUGGCAUUAGCCCCUCAACCUGAACACACAAUGGAAUUGAACACAGUAUGUUGGCAACUUCCUUAUGAAAUGGUUUUUGCUGCUUUCCACAAAAAUUGGAUGUUGAGUUUCUCAAGUGAUCACAAUGCAAAAUUAAUUGAUGCAUUAAAAGCCUGCAGUCGUGAACACCUUUUCAAUAGAAAAGUUCCCCAAAAGGCCUUUUUGUGUGUUAAGUACUUAUUUUCAGGAUAGAAAUAGAGAGAUGAUCUAAAACUGACAGAUACAAUAGCCCUUUCUCACCUCCUAAGGUUACAGUGAAGCCUAUCACCACUACUUAACCAUAUUGUUUGCUGGUUAUCACUUUAAAUAUUUGACAACAGAAACGGUGCAUUUUCAAACAAUAAAUAUGAAUAUUGUUUAAAAAAAAAGAGCAAAACGUGUCAAAUAUUCAAAGUGACAAUACAGAAAUUGAGUAGAUGUGCCAGUAUGCCUAUAAUGCCAACAUACAAUUGGCAUUCAGAUGGUUAAGCAGUGGUGAGGAAGGAUUUCCUUUGGAACUCAAUUACAAUUGUGUAAACCCGUUUGAAAGCCCAGUUAUGAAGAGGCCAGUACUGUUAGUGACUAUCACAACAGUGCAAGUGUCACUUAGAAACAAAUAUUAACCAAAAUAAAUAGCUACACCCCAUUUGUAGAUGUUGGUGUUCCAAUGUGACUUGUCCUACAGAUCCCCUUAGCUGUACAGGAUAUCACAUACUCAACACAUUUAUGUAUGUAUAUGAACCUAUAUAUAUAUGUAAUUGUGUGCCCUGACCACUGCAUACAGCCUAUAAGAUAUGCAGAAUAUAGCUUUAAUGAAUCAAUACAAUGUAUGUUAAUAAACCUGUAAAAUGUCUCCUAUGGCCAAGUGUUGUGCACAUGUGUAAGGUAAUAGAAUGUUUCCAGCUAGUGUUAGAAUAGUUGCAAAGUUGUCCUAAAAUCCAUCCAGGGGCUUUAUCAGGUGCCUUGAGGUAUCGAAUUUGAAAAGUAAAAAAAAGUGUUAAAGUCUCUCAAGAAUGGAUUGUGAUUUGCCGAGAUCUUAGCCGAUAGUAUAAAUAGGGCUUUUAGCGAGGAGCAAUACAUUUUCAAUUAAAACUGAGAAGGCCCCAAUGACAUAUAAUCGUAUCCUUUUGAAAAGUGCAGAAUCAACAGAUUUAAAAUAUUAUUUAUAUAUAAGGGCUAAAACAAAAGUAUGUACGUUUAUUAAGAUUUUAGUAAGUAAAUAAUAGUGUGUGGGUUUUAUUAUUUUUGGUUCUAUAACUGUAUUAAGUAAACUUCUAAAUUAAAGUGCCAUAAAACAGGUUGCGAUCUGUGCAUAUCUUAAUAGGGCUAAUUAAGUAAAAAUAGUUUGCAUAAAAAAAUUGUUUAAAAAUUGCUGGCAAGUAUUUUAAAAUAAUUUAAAAAAAUUAAAAUUAGUUACAAAGCUGUGCUGUCUGGAGCAGCUAACUCCACCCCCCUUUUCAGUGUUUAGACACAGGCAUUGUAUUUCAACUGAGUUCACAGCUUCUAGGCAUGCUCCAGCAGAUUAUCCAUAUUCACUUCUGCAUUUUACCAAAACAAAGGUGGUUAUAGCUACAGCCAUAAAAGGAAAUGUGUGUGGGGAGUUAGAGCUCUACCAUUCAGAAACUAAAAAGAAAGGGUUAAUGACGAGGCACUGCAGUAUUUAUAUUACAUAUUAUAUUAUUUUGUCUCUAUCCCAACUUGUUUUAUGUCCCUUUAAGGAGAAACUGAGAAUAAUAUGCUAUUUUUCUAUAGUAAUAAGUCAUUUUAAAUAAAAAAAAAUAUUUUGUGAAAUUUCAGAAUAUAGCAUUUUGCAUAAAAUGAGAAGAAUAAAACAGAUUUCUUGACCCAGA